AUGAGCCAUGAGCCACCGUCGCCAAAGAGGCGGCACAUCCUUUCAUCCAUCAACCCAGACAAGUCGCCAGAGACACACCAACAAGAGGACGCGCCGAUAAGCGCUCCCGCGAAUGACGUCAAACCAGCCGCAGGCAAUGAUGACGAAGACGCAAACAUGGACACGGCGCAGCCAAAGCGGUCGCGGCUGAAGCUCAAGGGCGAGAAGCGCCGUCACCGCUCUCGAAGCCCAGAAGAUGAAUCUGAGGCCGCAUUCCGCGAGUCGCUGUUUGACGCCAUGGCGGAUGACGAAGGCGCUGCAUACUGGGAAGGCGUCUAUGGCCAGCCCAUUCACGUCUAUUCGGAUGAAAAGGUCGGGUCGGCGGGAGAGCUUGAGAAAAUGACGGAUGAAGAAUACGCGGCGUAUGUUCGGCAGAAGAUGUGGGAGAAGACCAAUGCCGGGCUGCUAGAGGAAAAGGCGCGGCGUGAGGAAGAGCGCAAGAGGAAGAAGGAAGAAGACAGGCAGAGUCGUAAGCUGCGGGAAGACAUGGAUCGAAGCCUGCGCCGGUCUGAAGAGCGGCGUCGAAGACGGCGUUGGGCUGAUGGAUGGGAUGCGUAUGCGCAGGCUUGGUCGAAUUGGGAUGGCACUCUGGACAAGAUGGCUUGGCCAGUCUUGAGUGGACAGCGAAAAGAUGUCAAUGAAGAGGCAAUUCGGGAUUUCUUCGUUUACGGUUUAAGCUUGGAGGAUAUUGGGGAGAAGGAGUUUGCUACGAAGCUCAAAGAGGAGCGAGUGCGUUGGCAUCCAGAUAAGAUACAGCAGAGGCUGGGUGGGCAGAGCGAUGGCGACGUUAUCAAAGAUGUGACGGCGAUUUUCCAAAUCGUGGAUAGGCUAUGGGGACAAACGACGAAGAAGACUCGAUGA